CUGUGCGUCAUCCCCUUCACCGCCACCCUAACAUUUUGUCUCUUCCACCACCGUCUCCGGCAUCGCUCUGCCACGCAUCUACCCAUCACUUCAGCAAUCGCAAGACUGCUCCGAACUGGGUUCUUCAGUCCGGAAGAUAUGGCAUCUGAAGCAACAUCUCAGUCAAAAGGGAAAGGCAAAGGGUAUUUCACUUGGACUCCUGAAAUGGAUCGUGUAAUGGGCACCUGUUUUAUUGACCAAAUGAACCAAGGAAACAAAUUGGAUGGUAAAUGUGCAUGGAAGACAGCAGCCUACACCGUAGUAAUGAAUGCUUUAUUCGAUAAGCUCAAUAUAUCUGUGACAAAGGCUAAUAUUUUAUCUCGUUUCAAGACAUGGGAGAAACACUAUGACAUCCUAUACCCACUGCUCCAGUCAUGUAACUCUGGGUCUGCGAUAAUAUGGGACUACUCUAGAGGUAGAAUUGAUGUUCGUGAUGAGGAUGUAUGGAAUGCUCGAGUAAGUGAGAAUCCAAAAAUUCUUCCUUAUAGAAAAAAAAUUGUGGUUGAAAAUUGGGAGGAUAUCUGUACACUGUUUUCACAAGAUCGUGCAAAUGGAGAGGGUGCCCAAACUGUUUUUGAGGCUAAUGUUGAAACUGAAGUUGAAGAGUCUGCUAAUGUAGAGGAAUCAUUUGAGACUGAUUCACGAUCUUUAGAAGAUGAAGUUAUGAAUGCACUGCUAGCUCGACAACGGUCAAAAUCAAAAGCUUCAUCUUCAACAAAUGAUCGUGGCACAAAGAGAAAACUAACGAGCUCUCAAGUACUUUACAAAGUGUUGGGACGAAUGGCAGAUUCACUGGAUAAGUACUUAAAUUCAGAAUGCUCAAAAGUUACAACAAAAAUGGUGGAAGAUGAGUUAUCUAAAAUUGAAUUGGAUAGAUUUCAAUUGUUGAAGGGUAUUGACUUACUUAUGAAUGACAGGACAAAGUAUGACACUUUUUCUGGUCUCGGAGAUGACUUAAAAAAGGAUUGGCUAUUGAUGCACAUUGGUAAUUGAUU